GGGACGGCGUGUUUCGGGCCGCCGGCAUUGGGCGCACUGAUGUCGGACUGACGCCAUCGAAGAGUCGAGUUUGUGUUGAUUCGUUUGUUGUUGUGUUUGGCAAAGUGGUUCCAAUUUUUUAUUAGUUAUUAUUUUUUCGGUGAAAUUGAAUUCGCAAACUUUAUAAUUUGUCUUCACUCUACAGAUUAAACAUCAUCAACAACAACAAUAAUAAUAAUAACAUUACCGUACUCGACGACCCCGGCUUUUGUAUUGGUUUCUGCCGCACGCAAGGUGCCCAUAACAUAUUCGUUGCUUUCCGCGCGUUCGACCCGUUGUCGGAUUUCAGUUAAUGGUAUUGGUUGUUAUGGGCGGAACGCCAAAGAGUAUUCUUCACUUGUUUCAAAGAGUGCUGAACUACGUUGCCCACUACUAGACAGAGGAAUACGCCAAGAUUGAUUCUAACUUCUUAAAAAUGAAUAGUAUUGGAGCAAUGAAUUCUCCAGUGAAGCAGCCUCUGCCAACAGUGUUGGCUCCUCCUACUAUUUCAAAUUCUUCACCUUCCAAAGUACAACAACCGCCAAAUUUAACUCCACUUAAUUUAAAUACUUCUCAAUCAGCUCAACCUUUGAGUCUUGUUAAUGAACAUAAAAAUAUUCCAAUUGUUAUUCCUUCGCCUGUUAUGACUUCUGUUGAAAAUAUUGUUUCAAAAACUACUGCAUGUAAUGGUUUACCUGAUACAAAACCAAUUGGGGAGAAAAUUGAAGGAGCAUUGCCUAAAAUUGAAACACAAGUACUCCACAAUCAGGUAAAUAAUUCUGUCAAUGUCAAAAGUGCAAAUGAAUCUCCUCUUCCUGAAGUGAAGCCUCAAGUAUCGGAAGUUGAAAAUCUAUCUCAAAAAAAAGAUGAUAAGAAUAACUUGCCAAUUGUUCAAACUGAUAAAGUUGUUUUGCCAGAAGUUAAUGUAACAUCUUUAAAUGAUGCUAUUAAGCCUGAUGAUAUACAUAAAGCUGAAAAUGUAGCUUCCAAACCAAAAGAAAAUGAUAUUAAAGUCGUUCAAGAAUCUACUGAAAUUAAGGCUGUAGGACAAACAAACCAAGGGCCAAGUGUUUCUGUUGAAAAAAUUGAACAAGCACCUGUAAACACUUCUAAAGCUGGUGUACGACGAAAAAGAGAACAUAAACAACUAGAAGAAGAGGAAGAAAAGAAGGAAAAAUCAUUGAAAAAGGAUACACCUGUUGAAGAAAUAAAAUCAAAGCGUACUAGACUUCCUACACAACCUUUCCAAUUAUCAUUGUUGCCGGAAAUGCACCACAUUUCUAAAAUUUCUGAAAAACCCGUUUCUUCUAAAAUCAACAGUGACAAAUUAACAGUGUUUUACAAAAAUGAAUUUUUGGCUGUACGAAAUGAAGAAGGAGGAUUUUAUUUAUGCCAAGCUAUGCAAAAUAUUCAUAGAGCUAGUCGUCGCAUACGUAUUCGAUGGCUAACUCAACAUCCUAAUGAUGAAUUUACACCAGAUUUUUAUGACCACACAGAAUUUGAUUGUAUUUUGACUAAUAUAACAUUAAAAAAAAUUCAAAAGGAACAGUGGAAAUUACCUGAAAAAGAAAAGUUAAGAAUUGAAAAUAUAUUGAAACGAUCUAUUGAUGUUGAAAAAGGAUCAGAAAAACCUUCAGUUACUGAAGAACAUCCAGAUGGGUUGGACGUGAGUUUAUUCAAAGAUGAAGCUCAACUAACUAAGAAAAAAAGUAGCAAGAAAAGUAUAACUGUUAAAAGGAAGGUAUCAACUGAUGAUCAACCAGUAAAAAAGUCAUCUAGAUUGUCUAAGAAGAAACCAUCUUAUGAUUUUGGGCAUUCAUCAUCUGAAAGUGACGAUAAUGAUGAAGAGGACAAUAGUAACCAAAAAAAAUCAUCAAGCAAAAAAAUGUUGAAAAAAAAGGUCAUUGCUAAAGAACCUGCUAAAAAAGUAAUAAGCAAUGUGUCAAAACCUAAAAUACCUUCGGUUAGAAAAACACAAGCUCCAGUUAAACCAACUUAUGUACUGGCCUCAGUUUCAUCAGCGGUGAAAAAAAGGGAAAUAAUUGCUACAAAACAAAAAAAAGAGAACAGUGUUUCAGAUAAAAAGUCUUCCAAGAAAGUAGAAACAAAAUCUCCAGCUGUUCCACUACCUUCAGAGAGAUCAUCGAAAACUAGAAAUGCAGGAAAUGCUGUUUCAGCAAAAAUAACUACUGCUGGUAUUGGAAUAGCUAAAAGUAACCCCAAUGAUCGAAAAACAUUAAGAAAUCGUAAAUGAUGAUAAUAAUUCACUUUGUAAGUAAUUUAGUCUACUACUUGUUUGAACAAUAUUUAAAAAUUCAUUUUGUUAAUAUUAUCAAUUUAACUUAAUUCUGAUUUCUUGAAAGACUACAUUUUUAUGUUAAACACAUACCAUAUCACAAAUUGUUUUGAUGUGUUGAUCCACAUUCUUGUUUAACUUUUAUAAUUUUAUACCUUUUUCGUUUAUUAUUUUUUAUUAAGUUUUGAGUAACUUAGGUAGCUAAUAGCAUUAAAUUUCAAAAUAAUCCGAAAAUAUUUAAUAGGUAAUUUAAAGUUAUAUUGUUAUAUUUUUUUUUUAACAAUAGUACUUAAUGGCUAUUAUUUAUCAAAUGUGUAUCAAUUUAAAUUAUUGUUAGAUGUCAAUGCCAACAUUUUCAAUUGUAUUUUUACUUAAUAUUUAUUAAUUGUUUUUUAAUUUAAAACAUAUUUAUGGUAUUUUAAAAUGUAAUUUUAUUUAAUGUUUUUGUGAGUUAUUCUUGUAUUUUGGAAACUAAAUAUAUGAAAAUCUAUAUUUUUCAAUCGAACUUAUCGCUCUAUUUUAGUUUUAUGAAGAAUAAUGUAUAAAAGAUAGUUAAUUCUUAUAAAAUAUUUUUAAAUACUAUAUGUAUUAAUACAAUUUAUCUUUGUAUAAUCUGAUUAAAUAUAAUGUUAUUAAAUAGUUGUCACUUUUGGCAUUGGCAUCUUUCUAUGAAUUUAUCUAGAUAUAAUUUAUUCAGUUAUAAAACUAUUAUUUUCUAAUUGAUUACUUGAUUUAUAUUCUUUUUUAUUUUUAUUCUAUUUCAAAUAAAUAGAAUAAUGAAUGUGCACCAAGUUCUUGUAAAUGUAUUGACUUAGUAUUUCUUACGCACAAAAAUAUUUAGUUUAAAAAAUAAUUGUUUACUUCCAUGAAAACUUAUUGUUCCAAAUGUUUAAUUUAUUACUUACAGUACAAUUCAAUUUAAUAUUUUUAUUAAUAACUUUAAACACAAAUUGUAAGCUCUUUAUAAUAUUGUAUUGUAUAUAAUGAAUUAGGAUAAUAUAGCCAAUAUAUUAUAUAGAUAUAUAUUUAUAUAAAUAUACAUAUUAAUAAAUAAUAUUAGAUUACAAUUUUAAAUCUUAUAUUAUUAGUUAUGUAAGUUAAGAAAAAAAUGAUUGUUUUGAGUGACGUGGUUUUGCCAUAUUUGCAAUAUCAUAAUAUUUUUAUUAAUUUACAAGUGUAAAAUUUUAUCGUGUCUGUGUGUUGUAAAUAACCAUGAAUCUAAUAUUCUGGUAUUGAUGUCAACCUGCUUUGAUAUUGUUUGUAAAUCUAUUGAUUUUAUUUUUUAUUUAAUACCAAUAGUAGGGGUAUGCACAUUAGAAAAAAACAUAUUUAUUUACCAACAACUUUUUAAUUAUAAAAUAUAUAUAUAUAUACAAGAAAAAAAUUAUUAUUGUAAAUAUUAUAAAUUUGAUUAAUUAUUUUAAGUGAAUUUAAAAAUAUAUUCAAACAAUUUAUUGUA